ACAGAGGUCUGCUGGACGCCCUGGCUGCGACUUUUCUUGUUUGGGUGGGAGAGGAUGCACUCAAAUGCUUGAUAUCGGGCUAUAAGUGGGAUACAGAGGUAUGUAUGUACCUUCAACCACAAACAUUACACUGUUUAUACUGCAUUCCAAGUAGUCCUCAUCUAAAGUCUUGGUCUUCUUUUAAAACACUUUGCUGCUAUUCUUCGUGGUCUGAUAUACUAUAUUUCAUGGCCGCACCAACAUGCGGCGCCCCUUGCAUGAUUAUUGUCCACUAUGGAAAUCUAGACGCGCCUAGCCGGUUUCUUCAACGUGAGCUCUGUCUCAGCGUCAGCAGCCACUUUAACUUAGCAAGCCGGUAUAACAUGACAUGGCCAGCACCUGUGCGGUCCUAAUAGUCAUACGUCGCCAUAGCAUACAGUGUAAGCCAACCUCAAGCCUUUCCGAGCUACCAUCAUCUAUCCGAGUCUACUACACGUACUUCAUAUCAUCUAUGACAGGCGCUAUUUGUCUCAAUGGGCGUGAUCAA